GCACCGCCACUAUCCCACAGUGCCCCGCGCGCAGUUCUCCCCUCACACCGCCACUAUCCCACAGUGCCCCGCGCCGCCGCGGGCCCCGUGCAGCCAUGGCGUACCGCGGGCAGGGCCAGAAGGUGCAGAAGGUGAUGGUGCAGCCCAUCAACCUCAUCUUCCGCUACCUGCAGAACAGAUCCAGGAUCCAGGUGUGGCUCUACGAGCAGGUGAACAUGAGGAUAGAAGGCUGCAUCAUCGGCUUUGAUGAGUACAUGAACCUGGUGCUGGACGAUGCUGAGGAGAUUCACUCCAAAACCAAGUCCAGGAAGCAGCUGGGUCGGAUCAUGCUGAAGGGGGACAACAUCACCCUGCUGCAGAGCGUCUCCAGUUAGGAUCCGGCUGCUCCGGAGCACCAGGAUGUGCCAGUGGCGGAGAUCCUCGCCUUCCUUUGGGAAUUCUGUUUUGUAGUUCGGGGCUUUCUUGGGGGAAUAAAAAACGUUUUUCACGAAA